AAUAAGAUACCUACCACUCGAAAAACAGAAUUGGUUAGAAAUAAUGCCUGGUUACAAAAAUAUUAAGAUGAACAAAUAUCAAAACACCACAAAUUACUCCUAAGACAGUCUAAUAUGUGUAUAUAUAGAGCAAAAGCGUGUAUAUAUAUGUAUAUAAAUAUAUAUGCUCCCGUUCUACCUCCCAGUCUGGUCUUAUAACAGAUAUGAUUUAUUUUGCUUUCCCCAUGUGGGCCAUGUGCAUGAGCGAUGUAAGAUGUAUUAGAUAUUGAGGAUCUGCAAUGAAUUUAGUUGAAUCUUUUUCUACUUUCACUUGGCAGCAAUAGAAGCUAAAGCUUUAUUACAUUUUUUUAUACAGUGCAUUUUGUGUAAAAUACUGAAGAAUGACUGAACAGAUGGCUCUGUGUUAUAAUAAAGGAUGUGGCCAAAAAUUCAAUCUAGAUGAAAAUAGUAAAGAUGCCUGCAUACACCAUCCUGGAGAGCCAAUUUUCCAUGAUGCCGAUAAGAGCUGGUCGUGCUGCAAGAAGCGAAGCAAAGAUUUCACUGAAUUUCUCAGCAUGCCAGGCUGCACUGCUGGACCUCACAAUCCUGUGAAACCUGUUGAGGCUCCUAAAUGUGAGGCUCCUGUUAACUUACCACCUCCCACCUCCAUCCAAAAACCAGAACCAAAAGAGCGGCCAUCAUUCGAUGCUGAGAUGACCCUCUUGAGGCCUACAAUUUCUGCAUCAUUGAAACAAGUGCUUCAGAAGAAUGCUGAAAAUGAAGGUGGAAAUGAAGUAGUUGAAACCGAUUCUGAGACUGGCAUCAGAAUUGGAGAGACUUGUAAGAGAAAUGGAUGCAAAGCAACAUACGAAGGCAGAGGCAGCAGCUUGGAGCUGUGCACGUACCACCCUGGAGGCCCGGUGUUCCACGAAGGCAUGAAGUACUGGGGCUGCUGCAGACGCAAGACCACAGAUUUCACUGAGUUCUUGGCACAGCCUGGCUGCUGCACUGACCAGCAUUUGUGGAAGAUAGAUCAGUCAACAAGUCGUCGCUCUGACUGCCGCUACGACUGGCACCAGACUAGUAGUCAUGUCUACGUGACCAUCUACGCCAAGAACGUCGAGCCUGCCUACACUACAAUAUCAGUGAACUCCGUGAGACUCUCCGCCUACAUCAGAUACUCUAAGAACCUUGUCUUCCAACUCGACACGGAACUCGAGGGAACCAUAGACCCGGCCCAGAGUUCUGUCACUCUGGCUGCCACGAAGGUUGAGAUCAAACUCAGGAAGGAUGAAGCGAGGACCUGGGCGAAACUGCAGCUAGAAAAAAGACCUCCUCCUGCUGCUGCUGCUGAUGAGAGUAAACCUGACGAAGGCAAUGAAGAACUUGCUGAUGAUAUUGAUGCAGUCGACCUCAGUGACCUCUAACUAUGGUGUAUACAGGCAUUUUCGUUCGCUAUUUCAUUUUCAUCAUUACUUGGCAGUUGAUGUUCAAUGAGAGUGUCAUGGAGUUUUACAUUAUUUAAAAAUUUAGGUCCUUGAGGUAGGAAUAUUUUAAGAUUGUGUUGAGCUUGGAAAAUUAUUACAGACCGUAGAUCCGACCCAGAGUGCUGUCUUUAAUAUGGCAGACCAUAGACCCGACCCAGAGUGCUGUCUUUAAUAUGGCAGACCAUAAACCCGACCCAGAGUGCUGUCUUUAAUAAUGCAGACCAUAGACCCGACCCAGAGUGCUGUCUUUAAUAUGGCAGACCAUAGACCCGACCCAGAGUGCUGUCUUUAAUAUGGCAGACCAUAAACCCGACCCAGAGUGCUGUCUUUAAUAUGGCAGACCAUAGACCCGACCCAGAGUGCUGUCUUUAAUAUGGCAGACCAUAGACCCGACCCAGAGUGCUGUCUUUAAUAAUGCAGACCAUAGACCCGACCCAGAGUGCUGUCAUUAAUACUGCAGACCAUAGACCCGACUCGGGUGGUUUACAGUGCAUUGCCUUUGUUUUUAUAACUACAAACCAUAAACAGGCCUAUGGCUUAUUCUAAACUAUAAGCAAUGCACUUUCAUUUUUAGGCAAACUUAUAUAUAAUUCUGGAAACAAAUUUAAUUAUCAAGAAUUUUUAUUUAUGACAGAAAGCACAUCGUUUCUAUUGAGACAGGUAAACUCAUGUUGUGGUCUAAUAUAUGUAAACCCUGCUAUCUAUGUUGGCUACAGAUGUUAGAAAUCUCUAUCUAACUAUUCUCUGGACGCUUGCCAGCUUCUCAGGUUUGGUGAUGUUGUGGUUAAGGUAAUUAUCAAGCGGAGCUACAAGCUGAUGAUUAGAUUUUAGAAUAUACUUCUGUUGGUCAGUGGCCAUAAUUCGUUCAAUUAUUGUUAUUAAGCAGUUAAGGUGCGUUUCCGUGUGUUUUCCUACAUCUUCUAAAACAAUUCUAAAAAUUAUUGCGAAUGUGUAUCUAAUUUGUUAAAGUUACUGUACAAGGUAAUUGAAUGCAGUGUUUGAUCGAUUAUGUCUGCUUGUACUGAAAAUAAAUUCAAGCCCGUUCAUGAUAUUUAAAUAAUAAAUGUAGUAGCUACACUCGUGCUUAUAAGACAUCUUAUUUUUGAAUAAGACCUUUGUUCCCAAAUCAAUGAUGCGAGCAAAAGGAAGAUGUAUAACACAUAUUUAUUCAGCAACAUAAUUUUAAUGAUUUAAGAGCGCGAUUACACACACAUGUACACGCGGCCAAUAACGUUUCCUGUACAAUCUACAUUUGGUCUGUAAAUACUUUCAUUUAUAAGCAAGUCUGGCAUUAACAGACUUAUUUACAUCGCUAUACGUAAUCGAGUUAUAUUUUUCAACAAACUUAACGUACAAUUUCUUCACAGCUCACAUAGAUAACUUAAUAUGUCUGGCAUCAUAAUACAGCUCAUAAAAUGUUCUGAAUUGAUCUCUCUAAUGCUAAGUGAAGAGCUGAAAUUUAUUUAUUUAUGAUGCCAAAUGUAGUCCAAUUAUUUAGGAACAAGGUUGGGCGCUCGCUUUAUUAAUUGAGAGUUACGAGUCAACAACGGCGGAUUUAUGAGCUUACGUCUUAAUUAGUUUACAAUUUCACAGCAUUGUUAUAUUUAUACAGUACUAUAGGCUCAUCAGUCAAUUUAAUAUCUUAUAUAGUCGUUCUUUAUGGACAACAAACCCCUUAUUUAGAUGAUAACGCAGCACAUAUUCUUCCAUUUUGCAGUUUAUCGGUGAUUUUGUGUCUGAGAAAGUCUUUAAAGAAAGAUUAAGCGCAUUUUGUUUCAAUAAAAGUUUGUGUUGCCAAUU